UUUGAUGAUUGACAAUGACAAUUGGCGACACUGCCGACUGACAUAACCUCACUUUUGACCGUCAAAACAUCUGGUUAAAGUCGCCCCAAAUAAAUUAGUUAGGCGUAAUCAGUGCGAAAUGAACCAACUCGAAGAUAAAAUUCUUCACGUGACGAAGGCCAUCGAGCGUCAGGUCGAUUCGGCGAUUGAACAGAUCGAAAAUUUGGACGUCAAUGACUUGGAGUCGCUCCGAAAGCAGCGUCUCAAUGAGUUAAAGAAAAAGGAGGCGCAACGUAACGAGUGGCUGAGUCUUGGGCACGGCAAGUACGAAGAACUUGCCGAAGAGAAAGAGUUUUUUGACGUUACGAAACGGUCGAAAAAUUGCGUGGUGCAUUUUUACACGAAUACGACCCCCAGGUGCGCUAUCGUCGACAAGCAUUUGAAAAUAUUGGCUCCCAAGCAUCUUGAGACACGUUUCGUGAAGUUGAACGCCGAGAAGUGCCCCUUUCUAGCGCAGAAUCUCAAAAUUAAGACGAUCCCGAGCAUUGUUCUCGUUAAAGACAGUUUUAUGGUGGACAAAAUUGUGGGAUUUACCCAGCUGGGGAAUCGGGAUGACUUCACAACGGAGAUGAUGGAGUGGAGGAUUGCACAGAACGGGGUCAUUGACUAUGAGGGGGACUUGCUAACGCCCCCCCAUUUGCAAGAAAAGAGGAGCAAAUCAAGUGGGAAGAAAAUCAGGGAUGGGGCGUACGAUAGGGACGAUGAUGACUUAGAUAUUGAGGAGUAUGCCCUCAAUAGGGACUCCCUCAAAAGUGGGGAUAGUUUGAGUAAGGUUCAGGCGACUGAACUCACUCCGGAAGAGGCAGCAGAGUUGGGGUUGGAUGACUAGAUUUUUGCACAGGUUGGCAUUACCAAGUGUUUUUUUUUGUAAUUGUGGUAAUGCCAACUUUAUACCUGGUGUUUCAGUUUAGUAUUCGCACCCUGUAACUUUUUUUUACAAAAAUAAAAAAGUUACAGGGGGCGAAUACCAAUUGAAGCACCCGGUACGGCUUGCUUUAAAAAACUCGAAACUUUUUAUACUUAUUUAAAUUUAUUAAUGUUAAUAAAAAAUUACAAUGAUAUAAAAUCAGGCCUCCAGCGCGACUGGUUCCUCCCGCCGUUUCUUUUUCUCUAAAUUCGUCAAAAAAUUAUUUGAAAUUUUCAAUUUUCUUUUACCUUUGAUUGGCGAUUCUGGCACUUCUGAAAUAAUUUCGGGCUUGUCUUCGGGAACAUUUGGCAAGGACUGCCCGAUAAUUUCGGCCAAUUCAUCCUCAACUGCUGCUUCGUCCUCCUCAGUCAGGCCACCACUCAAAAGUGCAUUUAUUUCCUAAAUUAACAAACUAAGACUUUUGUAAUAAAAAAAAUAACCCCCAA